AUGGCUCUCGUGGCUAAGGGCUACCGAGUGGUCCCACAGGCCCUAGCGGAUGCAGGGGCCGGGACCAGCCGUGGCUUCAGGCACUUGCACCUCAAGGAGCACAAGGGGCUGUUCAAGGCGGCCGUGUCUGCAGCAGGCGGGGAGGGUGGCCGAGAGACCACUGCUGCCUCCGCCAGGGGAACAACUCUGUUCGUGGGGAACGUCGACGACCAAGGGGGGCGCCUCUGCCGCAAGACGAUCGAGGCAAGGUUGCGACGAGCCCUGUCCCCUUGCGGAAAGAUCCUUCACGUGCAAGUGUCAGCAGCAGCGUCGGCGGCCACGGGCGGCGGGGUCGGUGACGCGAGGGGAACAACGGUGACCGGAAGGAAACACACCGGUGCCGCGAGAUUCGCCCACGUGUGCUUCUCCUCCACGAAGGGGGUCCAGCGAGCCCUCGCUCUCGAACAACUGCCCUCGGGCGCGUCGACUGCUUCUGCCACUGGCGGCGGUGAAGGGGGGGCUGACACGAAAGCUCCAACGAGAGAUGACGAGGAAGAGGACCCCGAGGAAGAACUACGAGAUGAGAAUGGUGACGAGACUUGCGGCUACGCGGCGCUAAUCCAGCGGCAUCGAAGGAAGUUUCCACCGCGAAAAGCGCUGCAGGAAGAGGUGGACGCUACCAUGCUCCGGUUCGAGGAGGAAGAGUCGGCGGAGAUCGCGCAGCGGAAAGCUAUGCUUGAGAACCCGGAAGGCGACGACGGUUUCGUGACGGUCACGUACAAGAGAAAGAGAGGCAGAAAUAGCGGCGGCGGCACUGGAAACCCUCCGGAUGGCGUUGUCGCCGGAGGGGCCAAGAAGAAGCGCAAGGGGGCCGGUGAACUCUCGGACUUCUAUAGGUUUCAGAUGCGGGAGACGCGACGUGAACAGUUGGCCACCCUACGGUCCAAGUUCGAGCAGGACAAGGCGCGGGUGGCUAAGAUGAAGGAGCAGCGCAAGUUUCGCCCAUUCUGA